GAGAGAUCCCAGCACGCAGAACUUGGGGAGCCGCCGCCGCCGCCGCCGCCAGCUACCGCCGCCGCCAGCUUCCGCCGUCCAGGACCGGCCCCGGCCCGGUCUCGGUAGCAACACUGCGUCCACACCGGCCGGCGGCAAGGGCAAGCCUGGGGACCCCAUCUGCGCUCUUCACAUUGUGCCCCGAGUCCCGCAUGUGACCCGGCCAGGUCCCCGAGAGUGUGUUCCCCGCAGCUCCAGCCCCGGGCUGCCCCCACCCGCCCCAACACCAGCUCUCCAGUCCGCCCGUCCGGGAUGGCCGCAGCCAAGGCCGAGAUGCAGCUGAUGUCCCCGCUGCAGAUCUCCGACCCAUUCGGCUCCUUUCCUCACUCGCCCACCAUGGACAACUACCCUAAGCUGGAGGAGAUGAUGCUGCUGAGCAACGGGGCUCCUCAGUUCCUCGGAGCAGCUGGGGCCCCGGAGGGUAGUGCUGGUAACAGCAGCGGCAGCAGCGGGGGCGGUGGAGGUGGAGGGAGCGGCAGCAACAGCAGCAGCGGCAGCGCCUUCAACCCUCAAGGGGAGGCGGGCGAGCAGCCCUACGAGCACCUAACCUCAGAGUCUUUUCCUGACAUCUCUCUGAGUAACGAGAAGGUUCUGGUGGAGACAAGUUAUUCCAGCCAAACCACCCGGCUUCCCCCCAUCACCUACACUGGCCGCUUCUCUCUGGAGCCUGCACCCAACAGUGGCAACACCUUGUGGCCUGAGCCCCUCUUCAGCCUGGUCAGUGGCCUUGUGAGCAUGACCAACCCCCCAGCCACCUCAUCCUCAGCACCAUCUCCAACGGCCUCUUCCUCAUCCUCGGCCUCCCAGAGCCCACCCCUGAGCUGCGCAGUGCAGUCCAACGACAGCAGCCCCAUUUACUCAGCGGCACCCACCUUCCCCACUCCUAACACUGACAUCUUCCCUGAGCCACAAAGCCAGGCCUUUCCAGGCUCCGCCGGCACCGCGCUCCAAUACCCGCCUCCUGCUUAUCCUACUGCCAAGGGUAGCUUCCAGGUCCCUAUGAUUCCAGACUAUCUGUUUCCACAACAGCAGGGGGACCUGGGACUGGGCACCCCAGACCAGAAGCCCUUCCAGGGCCUGGAGAGCCGUACUCAGCAGCCUUCCCUCACUCCCCUCUCUACCAUCAAGGCCUUUGCCACACAGUCUGGCUCCCAGGACCUGAAGGCCCUCAACACCACUUAUCAGUCCCAACUCAUCAAACCCAGCCGCAUGCGCAAGUACCCCAACCGGCCCAGCAAGACACCCCCCCACGAGCGGCCCUAUGCCUGCCCAGUGGAGUCCUGUGACCGCCGCUUCUCCCGUUCAGAUGAGCUCACGCGUCACAUUCGCAUCCACACUGGCCAGAAGCCCUUCCAGUGUCGCAUCUGCAUGCGCAACUUCAGCCGCAGUGACCACCUCACCACCCACAUCCGCACCCACACAGGGGAGAAGCCCUUCGCCUGCGACAUCUGUGGGAGAAAGUUUGCUAGGAGCGAUGAACGCAAGAGACAUACCAAGAUCCACUUGCGGCAGAAGGACAAAAAAGCAGACAAAGGUGUUGUGGCCUCCUCUACCAACCCCUCCCUCUCUUCCUACUCCUCACCGGUGGCUACCUCCUAUACCUCCCCAGUUACUACCUCUUAUCCAUCCCCAGCCACCACCUCAUACCCAUCACCUGUGCCCACUUCUUACUCCUCUCCAGGCUCCUCAACCUACCCAUCCCCUGUGCACAGUGGUUUCCCCUCACCUUCAGUGGCCACCACAUACUCUUCCAUUCCUCCUGCUUUCCCUGCCCAAGUCAGCAGCUUCCCUUCCUCAGCUGUCACCAACUCCUUCAGCGCCUCCACAGGGCUUUCGGACAUGACAACAACCUUUUCUCCCAGGACAAUUGAAAUUUGCUAAAGGAAAAGAGGAAAAAAAGGGAAAAGGGAAAAAAAGAGACUUAAGAAACACAAGAGACUUAAAAGACAGAAUGGAGGAGAUGGCCAUGGGAGGGUUUCCUCUUGGGCCAGAUGGAGGUUCUCGGAGCCAAUCCUCCCCCUCUACUUGACUCCAGGGUCACCAUGGAAAGUCUGUUGGCCAACAAUCCUUUCUGCCCUCUUUCCCUUCCUCCUCUGUUCCCUUUGACUUCAGCUGCCUGAAACAGCCAUGUCCAAGUUCUUCACCUCUAUCCAAAGAACUUGAUUUGCAUGGAUUUUGGAUAUAUCAUUUCAGUAUCAUCUCCACUGUAUGCCUGACCCCUUGCUCCCUUCAGUGCUAGAAAAUUGAGUUGGCAAAAUGGGGUUUGGGCCCCUCAGAGCCCAGCCCUGUACCCUUGUACAGUGUGCCAUGGAUUUCAUUUUUCUUGGGGUACUCUUGAUGUGAAGAUAAUUUGCGUAUACUAUUGUAUUACUUGGAGUUAGGGCCUCACUUUGGG